AUGGCUAACCGCCAAUAUCUCGCCGUCCUUGCCGCCACUUCGGUCUUGGCCGCCGGCCCUUCCUAUCCAGUCCCGGCCUCUGCUCCAUCGGAUGCGGUGCCUCUCAAUCAUGCACCCGUUGGCUUGUCCUUCGAGUUCUUCAUGUGGCCGUCGUACAUGAGUAACAUCACACCCCCUCUGGAAUGCAUCAAACACUUUGAUGAUAUAUACAACCAAAAGACGCCUAUCCGCAUAGGCGGCACGACGCAAGAUAGAGCCACCUAUGAUCCUGAAUUUGAUGGAUAUGUCUCAUACUCGGUGGCCCAUCCCCUCGAUGCACCGAUGGAGCUGGUGUUUGGACCCAAGUUCUUCGAUCUCAUCACCGAAAUGGGUGCACCUACCACCAUUGGUUUCAACCGUGGCCACAACAACCGCACGAACACCUUCGCCGCCGCCCUGGAGCUGAAGAAGCGCGCCCUGCCAUUCAUCGAUGCCAUUGAGCUCGGGAACGAGCCAGACCUAUACCUCGAGUUCUGGAACCAAACCGUCGCCGUGCAAAGUCCGCCUUGGAACGACACGCAAGAAGGCAACGACGCGGCGGACUGGGCCCAGGACUUCAAGAGUCGUUGGGGAUCUCCCCUGCCCAUCCUCGCGGCGGGAGGCUACGCCAUCCCCUUCCCCUACAAGCCGAACUGGCCAAACUUGCCCUACCUCAUCUCCGAGGCCUACAACCAGAGCGUCAAGGCAGCCACCAAGGAGUACAACGGCCACUUGUACGCAUUCUCCAAUCCCGAUCCCGGCGAUCUUGCCACCGAAAUGGCACACACCAGGGUGGUGGCGGAUCUUUCACUUUUGCCCAUACAGGCCGCGCUGGCAGACGGAAAGCCCUACAUAAUUGGCGAGACUGGUUUCCAUGGUACCGACUUUGAGAUGGAUGCCCAGUUCGGCGGCGCAGUUCAAAUAGUUGACAAGACGUUGCGAGCCCUUUCCUUGGGCGUGUCGCGCCUCUAUUAUCACCAAGGCACAAUCAACCAAGGUAUCUUUGUCCAUUUUAUCCAACAAACCCAUCUCAACCAACCCCCUCCCGCAAAUAAGCACGUGCAUAACUUCCUGCUUACACCCUACUCCCAUUGGGCAGCCUUCUUCAACUGGUGGCUCGACAACCAGGUCAACACCCCUUUUUACGGAGGUUACACUGCCGCCCUUGCCGUCGCUGGCGGGGACGAGAUCAAUGCAAGCGACUACGGGACCGACCUGUUCGCCCAGUACGUUAUCUACAAGGACGGCAAGCCGCUAAAGGUCGUCUUGGUCAACACCGACUACUACUCAGGCUCGGGCACCCGCAACGUCACCCAGUUCACCAUGACUGGUCUGACCGUCGACAAGGCUUCGGCCAUUCGAAUGGCGGCGCCAUCGAGCGUCACCGAGACUACUCUAGAUCAGGUUGAUGCUUCUCUUGAGCCUUCGAUCGGAGGUCAGUACUUUGCCAACGCGGACUGCUCCAUUCAGGGAGAGCGGAAAGUCGAGGAGUUCGAGGUCCAGGGAGGCCAGCUAGUGGAUUCGUGA